AUUUAAUUCCCCAUUUCAAUAUUUUAUAGAAAAAUGUCAACCACAGAUUUAACUAUACAUCCAGCCGAGGAUGAGUCGGAAACUCGUCGUUUAUUUGAAAUAAAACAAAAAUUUACUCGUUACAAACCCCCAGAUAGACUAAAUCCAACAAUUUACAGACUUUUUAUUCAACAAAAAUUCUCUCAAUGAAAUUCUUGAUGAUACACCUGAAAUGCUUUGUGAAUACCCUCUUUUAUUAAGAGGUCAAAUUGCGAGGGAAGAGGGGGAAAUAUGUGAAUCGGUAGAAUGGAUAAGCAAAGCAUUGAAACACAAUCCUCGCUCACCCAAAGUUUUGUUCGAAAUGGGAAAAAGUCAUUACUUGUUGGGUGAACACCAACGAGCAAUUGAAUUAUUUAAACUUGCUUUGGAAGCACAACAAAAGAGAAAUGAGGAAAAAGGUCGUGGGUUGCUUGAUUGGGUACAAAAAUUGUUUAUUAAAGUAAUUAAUAAAAACAUUCUAGAGAUUAUUUUAUUGGCAAUCUCUUGCAGUAUAUCAUGUUUAUAAAUCGCCGGAACGAGUUAAAAAGUCUCAGGAUGUAAUGUUGGCAUGUCCAAAAAUUAACUCGAGUGCGGAUAUGGUAGAAUAGUUUUGAAUUGUGUUUUAGGGAAAUUUUUGUAAAAUAAGAGGGAUUGGGGACACGCCCGAA